AUGAACAAUUCUCCAGUAAACUCUGCAAAAGCUAUCUUGUAUGAACAAUCGAGCAAAGUAAAAGACCUCGGCCAGCAUCAUCGCUCACUUCAGUCACCUACUGGGUACAGGUCAUCCCGUCCCAUCCCUCGUCUUCUCCGCGGGUCCCCCGUCCGUCCCAGUGCCUCCCCGGUCACGACUCACCCCCAAUUCUCUCUCAUGCCACGCCCUCUCACUCCCACUCUCACUCGCACUCUCAGUGAAAAGGCUUCAAGCUACCGGAACUCGCCUUGUCUUCGUCACAUCAUCAGUCAUCCGUCCGUUGCUUCUACUUUGCAUUUGAUAUUCCCCUCAAAGCCAGAAAAGCUUCGUCAUCCGCGACGUGCUUUGCGACCACUCAGCUUAUCCUCUGCGAACCGUAACUCCAAUCAUCCUCACUCACCCACUUACCGUCGUCCUGCGACUCCGCGGCUACCUACAAAGUUGUACCUCGUCGACUUCUGGGGUGGUGUUCUCUCUCGACCAAUACCAUUCUCGCUGCCCCCGACCGCUUUCUUCCGCUUGGCAGGCCUGUGA